AUGUUGACCUUCAUAAUUUCAUGCCUUUUUUUCUCUGUUGUUCGAGCACUCCCUACUCUCUUAUCGCGCGACGUUUUUGACCCCCCAAUCACCAGCCCAAGUGCCUCUACAAUUUGGCAAGUUGGUCAGACCGUUACAGUGAUAUGGGAUAUAACCAAUCUUCCUCCUGCCUCGCAACUGACAGACCCGAACGGAACUGUUGUACUUGGCUACAUGGCCAGCUCUACAGACUCGGAACAUCUCAUGAUUGACUCUCCUUUGGCUCAAGACUUCCCCUUGAGUGAUGGAAAUGUCAGCUUCAUUGUGCCUUCUGUAGUUACGCGGUCAGACUACAUCAUUGCUCUGUUCGGUGACUCUGGAAACAUAAGCCCUACAUUCACAAUUCAAGGAACAGAGUCUACCUCAUCUGCGCCUACUACCUCGACCUUUGUUUCUACUCUCUUAUCGACCUCCAGUUCUAUCUCAGUGCCUACAUCAUCUUCGCCUUCUACUCUACAAACUACUGUCGUAACCGAGGCAGAGGCUUCGAGUAGCGCAAGUACUUUCGCUCCGGAAUCGUCAGCGACAAACACUGUAACUAGCGUUAUCACUGUCUCUUCCGGUCCUGCCUCUUCCACGACUGCGGAGAUCGGCAGUGCUUCAAGCCUCUCCAUCUCCUCUACAUCUGGGUCGUCAGCUUCUCCGUCUGCCACUGAGGCAGCAGCAUCUAGCAACAGCGCGUGGCAACCAGGUGUAUCUCAGAGCCAGGUCUACGCAUUCGUUGUCGCUGGCCUACUGGCCGCAUGUCUUCUUUGA